UCAUUUUAUCGUUUCAGGAAAAUGUCUAAACCAGAACUAACCGAUAUCGAAGAAUUAGUCAAAAUCUGGGCAUGGGAUAACUUUCUUAAAACUCGAUCAAAAGAUCAUAUCAAACUCCGACUUGAAGAUAUCAUUAUGGAAGUCAAAUGGGCGAAAGUUAGGUUUAUUAAUGGUACACCAGAAUACUCGGAUGAAAAGAAACUUGACAAACCCAAUUCACAGGUUGUUUUUAAGUCAACAUAUGAAAACUGGACAGAUCAUGAACAAGAACAUUCCUUUCAAACAGAAAGAACAACAGUAUCAAGCUGUACUACGGAAGUAUCUAAGGGCUAUUCUAAAGGAUUUAGUCUGGAAGUUAAGCUAGGAUUACCAGAUGAGGUGGCCGGAGCAACAGCAGGGUUUGGACGAGAAGUGAAUAUGGGGUCAGUAGAGGAGACUUCUCAAGAAGAACACAUGACAUGGUCUAUCAACAGUACCAUUAAGGUGCCAAGGAAGCAUAAGACAACUGCUGAACUAUUGGUACGUGAGCAGGAAUUUACGGCUAAUUUCAAAAUGGAUGUUUGCAUAAAAGGGCGUGUAUUAGUAGUGAUAACAAACCUUAAAGACAAUAAUUCAUUUGUUCAAUGCAUCGAAGGAGAUUUUAGUGACAUCUUGAAGAAACAUGGUGAUAGUCGACAUUAUAUCAUUGAAAACAAAUCUGUGAGAUGGCCUCUGGUAGGUAAAUGUAAAUUUAGAUUUGGAAUUGAACAACAUGUUCAACUUACUGAAAAUCCUCUUGGAGAAUCAUAA